AUGUCGGUCUCCCAUCCAAACCUCGAAAUCCUCGGUUUCACCGUCAACUAUGAAGACGGCACCAAGAACGAAAUCCCGGUGAAGGGCUCCAAGUCUAUAGAGUUCAAGAUCCCGGAGGACACCACGUACCAGACGACGAUUCAUUUUCUAGUCAAGGAAAAAACCUUGAACAAGCUCAAAUACAAGCAGGAGGUCAAGGCUUUUGGCAUGGUGGUGCGCAGUCGCGAGGUGUUUGUUGGCGAGCAAUUUGCACCCAGAGACACGCCGUAUGACGUGACCUUCGACAAGGACUGCACACCCAAAGGGAUGAUUCUUCGGGGCGAGUACAACUGUGUUUCUACGUACUAUGCCGAUGGCGAGGUGUUGUUCCAGUCGCCAUGGAAGUUGAAUGUCACGAAAAAGUGA